UCUUCAAAAAUUAAAUUGUUUUUCAACUUCAAACUCAAAAGACGUCUAUUGACUGUCCUCAGUCUUAUAGAGUAAGAAAUCAUUUCCUCCACGCCGAUUCCAUUUCCCUCUUUUUCUAAUCAAAUUCUCUCUCUCUACUACACCCAUGAGGAGGCUAUUCGGUAGAAGUCCCGCCGGAGAGUCGCCGCAGCAAUCUUCUCCGUCACCGUCGCCUCCACAGACUUCUCCUCCAUCCUCUGUCAACAUUGCUGCCGGUCCGGCGAGACCGAUUCGUUUUGUGUAUUGCGAUGAGAAAGGGAAGUUCCAGAUCGAUCCCGAGGCCCUUGCUAUACUUCAACUCGUCAAAGAGCCUGUUGGUAUUGUCUCCGUUUGUGGUCGUGCUCGUCAAGGCAAGAGCUUUAUACUUAACCAGCUUCUUGGCAGGAGUAGCGGUUUUCAAGUGGCUGCAACUCAUCGGCCAUGCACAAAAGGUAUUUGGCUGUGGAGUUCACCUUUAAGGAGAACAGCUCUUGAUGGAACAGAAUACAACCUGUUACUGCUGGACACAGAAGGAAUUGAUGCUUAUGAUCAAACAGGAACAUAUAGCACACAGAUAUUCUCCUUGGCGGUCCUUCUUUCAAGUAUGUUUGUAUAUAACCAGAUGGGAGGUAUCGACGAAGCUGCGCUUGACCGCCUCUCUCUUGUCACUGAAAUGACUAGACAUAUUCGUGUUAGAGCUUCUGGAGGAAGGGCCAGUGCUUCCGAGCUUGGGCAGUUCUCCCCAGUCUUCGUUUGGUUGCUUAGGGAUUUUUAUUUGGAUUUGGUCGAGGACAACCGCAGAAUAACUCCACGGGACUACCUUGAACUUGCUUUGAGGCCAGUUCAAGGUGGUGGGAAAGAUGUUGCUGCUAAAAACGAGAUUAGGGACUCCAUUCGUGCUCUAUUCCCUGACAGAGAAUGCUUCCCCCUUGUGCGGCCUCUGAGCAAUGAAAAUGAGCUUCAACGGCUAGAUCAAAUUCCAUUGGAAAACAUGAGGCCAGAGUUUAAAGCAGGUCUUGAUGCUUUGACAAGAUUUGUUUUUGAGAGGACAAGACCCAAGCAAGUUGGAGCAACUAUUAUGACUGGACCGCUCUUUGCUCGCAUAACUCAGUCCUUCCUGGAUGCUCUUAACAAUGGUGCAGUGCCCACCAUUACCUCUUCAUGGCAGAGUGUUGAGGAAGCUGAGUGUCAAAGGGCAUACGAUUCGGCUGCUGAGAGAUACAUGUCUUCAUUUGAUCGUUCCAAGCCUCCGGAGGAAGGUGCACUAAGAGAAGCACAUGAAGAUGCAGCUCAAAAGGCCAUGGCAGAAUUUAAUUCUACUGCUGUGGGUGCUGGAUCCAUCAGGAUGAAAUAUGAGAAGCGUCUUCAAAAUUUCAUAAAAAAAGCGUUUGAGGAGCUUAAAAAGGAUGCCUUUAGGGAGGCUUAUCUACAAUGUUCAAAUGCCAUACAGGACAUGGAAAAGGAACUGAGGUUGGCUUGCCAUGCUCCCGAUGCAAAUAUAGAUAGUGUGCUUAAGGUUCUUGAUCGUCUAGUGUCCAAGUAUGAAGCAACUUGUCAGGGUCCUGAGAAAUGGAGAAAAUUGAUCGUCUUCUUACAACAAAGCUUGGAAGGUCCACUUUUUGAUCUCAUCAAGAAGCAAACAGACCGACUUGGAUCGGAGAAAACUAGUCUUGCAUUAAAGUGCCGCUCCAUUGAGGAUAAGAUGAACUUACUUAACAAACAACUGGAAGCUAGUGAGAAGUAUAAAUCCGAAUAUUUGAAGCGUUAUGAAGACGCCAUCAACGACAAGAAACAGCUUGCAGAUGAUUACACGAGUCGUAUCACAAAUUUGCAGAGUAAAUAUAGUUCAUUGGAAGAGAGAUAUUCAAGCUUAUCAAAAACACUCACUUCAGCUAAACAUGAGUCCUCAGAAUGGAAAAGAAAAUAUGAACAACUUCUGUUGAAGCAGAAGGCUAAUGACGACCAAUCAAGUGCAGAAGUAUCUGUUCUGAAGUCCAGAACUGCUGCCGCUGAAGCAAGGCUGGCUGCUGCCAAAGAGCAAGCUGAAUCGGCUCAAGAGGAGGCGGAGGAGUGGAAACGCAAAUAUGACAUUGCCGUCAAGGAAGUUAAGAAUGCUCUUGAGAAGGCAGCAUCUGUUCAAGAGCGCGCAAACAAGGAAACUCAAUUGAGAGAAGAUGCUUUAAGGGAUGAAUUUUCAAGCGCUCUGGCUGAUAAGGAAGAAGAAAUUAAAGACAAGACAUAUAAGCUUGAGCAGGCUGAGCAGCGUUUAGCAACACUGACUUUGGAGUUGAGGACUGCUGAUUCAAAGGUAAGGAACUAUGGUCUAGAAGUGUCAGCCUUAAAGGUUGAAAUCAAGGAAUUGGGUGAAAGGCUAGAGCAUAUAAAUGCUACUGCACAAUCAUUUGAAAGAGAAGCUAAGAUUUUGGAACAGGAGAAGGUUCAUCUGGAGCAGAAGUACCGGUCAGAGUUUGAUAGAUUUGAGGAUGUUCAGGAUAGAUAUAAAUCAGCUGAAAGAGAGGCAAAAAGGGCGACUGAGCUGGCUGAUAAAGCAAGGGCUGAAGCAGCUGCGGCCCUGAAAGAGAAGAAUGAAAUUCAACGGUUAGCUAUGGAAAGAUUAGCUCAGAUUGAGAAGGCUGACAGAGCUAUUGAAAAGUUAGAGAGGGAAAGAGAAGACUUGGCUGAUGAAGUAGGGAGGUAUCAUCGUGCUGAGAAGGAUGCAAGGUCAAAAGUUGCAAUGCUGGAGGCCCGAGUAGAAGAAAGGGAAAAGGAAAUUGAGAUGCUACUGAAAUCAAAUAAUGAACAAAGGGCCAGUACUGUGCAAGUCCUUGAAAGUCUGUUGGAGACUGAGCGUGCAGCGCGGUCUGAAGCAACCAAUAGGGCGGAAGCACUCUCUCUUCAGUUGCAAGCUACGCAAGGAAAGCUAGAUCUUCUUCAACAACAGUUAACUGCAGUUCGGCUGAAUGAAACUGCACUGGAUAGCAAACUUAGAACUGCUUCCCAUGGCAAACGUGCCAGGAUAGAUGAAUACGAAGCUGGAAUUGAAUCUGUCCAUGACAUGGAUACAAAUGAUAGACCAAUCAGAGGAAAUAAGAGGUCCAAGAGUACAACCAGUCCCUUAAAGUAUACCUCCCCAGAAGAUGGAGGUUCUGUAUUCAGAGGAGAUGAUGAUGGUCAUAGUCAACAAACAAAUGGUGAAGAUUAUACGAAGUUUACAGUGCAGAAACUAAAGCAGGAGCUUACAAAGCAUAACUUUGGUGCUGAACUGCUCCAACUGAAGAACGCAAACAAGAAGGAUAUCCUAGCUUUGUAUGAGAAAUGCGUCCUCCAGAAAUCAUAGCUUUCAGCAUGCCGAGUUGUGUAGAAAGGUUGUAAGUAUCUCAGUUAUAGUCAAAAGCAUACAACUUCUGGAUUAAAAAUUUAGGUGUUGGCAUCCUGAAAACAUCCUUUUAAGUCCUAUAGGGCUUAUAUCCCCAUUAGGUAGCUACACAAUCUUGCUAAAUGCUGCUGCCGCCAUCGGGGUUUUCGUGUGACAUAAUAUUUUUCAUUCUGGUGUGCACUCUAACUUAGGUAUUUUGUUUGAGCCUUCCUAGUGUGGCAGUGUUAGGAAGAUGGUUUAGAGAGAUUUUGAAAGUGAGAUUUCCAGACCUCCCUUAUCGUCUCUUUCUUUCUCCAUUUGUGCAGUUAUUGAUGUUUAGUACUUAAUCCUCGUGUGAUUAGUAGUAUUAGUAUUCUCUUGAUUUGCUAAAAUUGACAAGUGAAGUAGUUAUUUAAUAUUUCCUCCAUUCA